GUUCAUGUACAUGACGACGGCGGUGGACCUGGUGAUCACGGAGGUGGAAGAGCCUGUGCGGUUCCUGCUGGAGACACGGGUUCGAGUGUGCUCGCCCAACGAUAGGCUCUUCUGGCCCUUCAGCAAACGCAGUUACACAGAGACCUUCUAUCUCAAACUCAGACCGAUGGAGAACAAAGAGAGAAAGAGCAACUCAGACACACUGUAUGAAGUGGUGAGUUUAGAGAGUGAGACCGAGAGAGAGAGGAGGAAGACCACAGCGAGCCCCGGCAUCUUGUCGUCCACCUCUCACAGCUCUAUGGUGCCCUCACCUCCUGAGGAUGAUGAGGAGGAAGAUAAUGACGAGCCGUUAUUGAGUGGAUCUGGAGACGUGUCUAAGGAAUGUGGUGAAAAAAUUCUGGAAACUUGGGGAGACUUACUGUCUAAAUGGCAUCUGAACCUGGCUGUGCGACCCAAGCAGCUCCCGGCGCUGGUGCGCAGUGGUGUCCCAGAGGCCUUGAGAGGGGAGGUGUGGCAGCUACUGGCCGGAUGUCAUAACAAUGACCAUCUGGUGGAGGAGUACCGUACACUCAUCACUAAGGAAUCCCCACAGGACAGUGCCAUCACUCGUGACAUUAACCGUACGUUUCCUGCACACGACUACUUCAAAGAUACGGGCGGUGACGGGCAGGACUCUCUCUAUAAGAUCUGUAAGGCAUAUUCUGUGUAUGAUGAAGAAAUUGGUUACUGUCAAGGACAGUCUUUCCUUGCUGCCGUGCUGCUACUACACAUGCCAGAGGAGCAGGCGUUCAGCGUGCUGGUCAAGAUCAUGUUUGAAUACGGUCUCAGGGAGCUCUUCAAGCAGAACUUUGAAGACCUGCACUGCAAGUUCUUCCAGCUGGAGAGACUCAUGCAGGAAUGCAUUCCAGACCUGUACGCACACUUCCUGAAUCUGGGUCUGGAAGCGCACAUGUACGCCUCCCAGUGGUUCCUCACGCUCUUCACAGCCAAAUUCCCUCUUUACAUGGUCUUUCACAUCAUAGACCUUCUGCUGUGUGAGGGCAUCAGUGUCAUUUUCAACGUGGCUCUUGCAUUAUUGAAGACAUCUAAAGAUGACCUGCUGCAGACGGACUUUGAGGGCGCGCUGAAGUUUUUUCGAGUGCCAGUGCCCAAACGCUAUCGCUCUGAGGAGAACGCCAAGAAGCUCAUGGAGCUAGCAUGCAGCAUGAAGAUCAGUCAGAAGAAGCUGAAGAAGUACGAGAAGGAAUACCACACCAUUCGAGAGCAGCAGGAACAGCAGGAGGCACCCAUCGAGAGAUAUGAGAGAGAAAACCGGCGGCUACAGGAAGCUAACAUGCGUCUGGAGCAAGAAAAUGACGAUUUGGCUCACGAGCUGGUCAGCAGUAAGAUCGCCCUGAGGAAAGAUCUGGACAACGCUGAGGAGAAAGCUGACGCGCUCAACAAAGAGCUUCUCAUCACUAAACAGAAACUGGUGGAAUCUGAAGAUGAGAAGAGACGACUGGAGGAAGAGUCUGCACAGCUGAAGGAGAUGUGUCGGAGAGAACUGGAUAAAUCUGAGUCUGAGAUCAAGAAAAAUGGCUCCAUCAUUGGAGAAUACAAACAGAUCUGCUCUCAGCUCAGCGAGCGGCUGGAGAAACAGCAGACGGCCAACAGAGGAGAGCUGGAGAAGAUCCGGAUGAAGGUGGAGGGCUGUGAGAAGUGCAGCAUUCUCUUCAGUAAGGAGGGCCGUCUGAAGGUAGUCAGCGCUUCUAAGGAGGGCAGUGAGGAGGACACAGACGAGGAGAAGGAGGCACUGAAGAACCAGCUGAGAGAGAUGGAGCUGGAGCUGGCGCAGACCAAACUACAGCUGGUGGAGGCCGAGUGCAAGAUCCAGGAUCUGGAGCAUCAUCUGGGUCUGGCUCUGAACGAAGUCCAAGCCGCCAAAAAGACGUGGUUCAACAGGACGUUAAGCUCCAUCAAGACUGUGACAGGAGCUCAAGGCAAAGAGAGCGUCUAACAAGACACACUUCCAGAGACGAAACACUCCAGCCCCAUCAUCUCCCCCCGUCCGGCUCGCCCCCCCACAGCUGGAACAGUGCGAACACCUCUCCUUUUGUAUAAACAAAAACCUUCCUUCUAGGGUACCAGCUACCCCAUUUGAAACACGAGUACUUACUGAAAGAAAAAGACUUUAACGCUAGUCUUUCUACUACUGAUGAUGUUAAACAAACGACUGGGGCGUGUAGCUGACCAAAAACGCUCUUCUGGGGGAUAUUAACAUUUCUAUCUGCUGUCCUACUCGAGACUACUUGCACAAAGUCAACAGACGGUACGAGUGCUGCCAGAAAACUAGCUUACGUUCUAGCGUGACUUUCGUUAUUGUAAUAAGAGGGCAAAUGUGUUGAUUGUGUGCAUGUGUACGACUGAGGUCUGCUUUUAUUGUACAGUGUGUGUGUGAAUGUGUUGGCCAAUGUAGUGGUUCUCAGAGGAAAACUAAAAACAGGAAGUAGGUAGCACACUGUACAUAGACUGUACAGUGAACUUUUAAAUAGAUUCCUCCUCAAACCACUAGCUGGCGCCCUUCUGAUAUUAACGAAACAAGUGAAUGGUAUAUGAUGGGAUACAGGCAUUGUGUAUAUGCGAAGAUCUUAAGUCUGCUUGUGUAUGCGAAAGGUUUUACAGUAGCUGUUUAUCAUGACUAACAGGAAGCACUUACGCGGUGAGCACACGCUUUGAUUGGCAAGCACAUCUGGAGGUAAAGAAACCUGCGGCAGUCACUGUGUAACGGACUCUCUGUGGGGAAGGUGUUUGCACCUUAAAGACAUAUUUAUAUUAAUAUCAGGCUUGCUAGAGUUAUUGUCGUUGUUAAAGAAGACAAAUGAGGCCGUUCUAAAAGGCACUGGGUUGUAAAUAGCAUAUGUUUUUUUUUGGAUUAAUUUUAUAUUUCAACUUUGGUAACUGUACUAAUGUUGCCUAAUUGUACUGUGCUACAGAUUAUUACUCAUGUUUUGCUUUUGUCUGAAUUUCAAACUGCUGUCUGAUCAUUACAUGCCAAAUGUACCUUUUACCCAGCAUUUCAUGCGUGUGGACAUGGUAAUAGUGUAGGAUUGUGUAAACCUCCAUGAAUUUCAGUAUAAACCUAUGAACACGU